AUGGGUAGAAUUCCUUGUUGUGCCAAGGAUGGUGUGAAGAAAGGGCCAUGGACGCCGGAAGAGGAUGUCAAAUUGGUUUCGUGCAUUCAAGAGCAUGGAUCGGGAAAUUGGAGAUCUGUUCCCGCUAAUGCUGGUUUGCGUAGAUGUAGCAAAAGUUGCAGGCUGAGGUGGACUAAUUAUCUUCGCCCUGGCAUCAAACGUGGAAACUUCACUAAACGUGAAGAUAAAUUGAUCAUCAGUCUUCAAGCCCUUCUUGGAAAUAGGUGGGCUGCAAUAGCGUCCUAUCUCCCCCAGAGAACUGACAAUGAUAUCAAGAAUUAUUGGAACACUCAUUUGAAGAAGAUGAUAAAAAGCCAUGGAGGCCAAAACCAGGAGGGUGUCUCCUCUUCAAGGUCCUUGUCCAAAGGGCUAUGGGAGAAAAGGCUGCAAACUGACAUCAACAAGACUAAGAAAGCUUUGAGCGAGGCUUUGUCCUUGGACAAACAAAGCACUUUACCUGAGCCAAAGACAUCUAAAGGCUCAAACCAACCAUCUGCCAGUUAUGUAUCCAGUACUGGAAACAUAGCGAGGUUGCUCAAAAACUGGAUGAAGGAGCCCCCAAAGUCAUCUCAAACUGCAGCUAGGGAAACCACUUCCCAGACCUCCAUCACUAAUACCCCUUUCCUUACAGGUUCAUCCAGCACUGCUCGGACCACUUUUGCACCAGGAUCAUCCAGCAUCAAUACUGAAGCAUCACCAAAGGCGGUGCCAGUAGGCCUUGACUCCAUUUUCAGCUUCACUCCUCCUUAUAACCUUGAUGCUUCCAUGAUCGUGGAUAAGGUUGCAAACGCAACGCCUGCAACUGCUACCCUUAAGCAAGGCGAGAGGAAGCCAAAAUUUGAUCAAGCUCCUCUUUGUGUCAAGGAUGUUAAUGGCUUUGAGAAGGUUGGAAUGAUGUCUGAAAAUGAGAAAGGUAUUGUUCAGAAGCAAAAUACAAAUGGAGUUUCUAGCGAAAGUGAUCCUAUGCACGAGAUGAUGAAGAAAAGUUCUGGAGAUUUCUCUGAUUAG